UUUUGUGUUUUUUUUUAUGCUGAUUGCGUUGGAACAAAGAUGAUAACCAUCACGAACAAGAACUGAGAAGAACAUUCUCAAAGGCAUCACAAAAGUUCCAGUGUCUACAUACAUUUUAUCUGAAAAAUGGGAUCAUUAGAAAAAACAUACGUCAACCAAAGUUUAUAAUUUUCCGGCUCUGACGAUGGCCAACAAAAAUGUGUUUAAGUGUGCGAAAGAACUACAAAACGUGAGACGAAAAAGUCUCAAUAUGUUAGAUAUAUUAAAAACUAGUGUAAUAUUAAUUCUAAUUAUAAACACAAGUAUAGUUAAAUGCAGUGAAAACGCAACAAACGAUGAAAUAAGGAACAUAGAAAAAGAUAUACCGAAAAGGUUAAAAUUAUUAGAAGCUAUAUCUGGUAGAUCUUUGAAUAAUGUCUACCAAAAUGGUACAUUUAAUACUGGUAAUAGAUUAUGGGAUAAUAUACUUAAUGAGUGUACAUUCAAGCCAUCAGUUAGUUGUCUACAGAAGAACGUUUAUUCAUAUUUAGAUGAAAGUUUAGAUUUCAAUGGUGAUGUGAAUGUUGCUAGUGGUAUGUGCUUCAGCAAAAAUAAUGUGGACAUCAAUAAAUAUAGUAAAGAAGCGAAUAUAAUUUAUGUGACUGGAAGUAAGAAACAAGAUGGUGAUAAACGAUCAUUAGAUGAAGAAAAUGAAAUCAACGAUGAGGAAGAAUCAGAAACACCAUUAGAAGAAGUGACAGAUGCAUUAUACGACAAAGGAGUGAAAUUUCUCAUGGAACACGAUCUUAAGUUGACAUUACCUGAACUGUUCUUUCACGGGACUACAUUAAAAGUUUCACCACGAGCAUUAACGAAGACUGGAGCUUUAGUACACAUUGAUUUAGAGCCAAAUGAAGAUGUGGGACGGGGGAGGACAUUCUUUCAUAAAAUAAAGAAAUACAUCAAAAAGAAACUAGUAAUGGCUGCACUAGCUAUCAUACUGGUGGUAAAACUAAUAGCUUUAAAGUUAAUAUUUGUACUACCGUCAGUGUUAGGAGUUUCCACCGCGAAGAAAAUGUUCUUAAAGUUCUUGCUGUUUCUAUUCCCAGCAUUGAGUCAUAUAUUCAAACUUUGCUCGUGGUAUCACCAGAAUUAUCAUACAACGAAGUAUCAUCAUCAUCAUCAUUUGAUUACCCAUCAUCAUCACAAGGCGCCGUAUGGUCCUGCGUAUGGUCAUCCUUCACAUGUCGUGGUGAAGCCCCACGUUGAACACCAUCCGCACACACUUGACUACAAUACUCAAGACUGGGAACUAUCUGGACCGGGACUUGGCAGCGAGUACAUCGCGUCAGAUAUACAUCGCAAUGCCAUAGCUAAUUUCAAGCCCCAUGCAAAUGACAUCAACGACAUUAAUUCUUGGGGACUUGGCCUACCACCAGGUCAGGCUAAUAUUGGUGAAUACGCGAGCAGUAAUAAUGCAGUACCUAAUGUUGUUGCUGCACCUGCUGGAGGACAUAAGGUUCCGCCUGGUAGUCUAAUAAGGCCCGCCGGACCUCCUAAUCCGUACUACAGGAAUAAGAAAGCGACAGCAAGAGACCCAGAAAAAGAAGCACUUAUCCGUGCAGCGUCGCUCGCCGCUCGAGCGCCCGCCUCUCCCGUCAGAGAUGAGAUACUCAGAGUAUCACAGGCGAAGCUGACGGAAACAAAUCGGGUGAAAGCUGAAACAGAACUUGUCAGACAACAGCAGGAAAUACUCGCUGCUCAAGAUCCUGAUACGAUAGCCGCUGAGAAGUUCUAUGGUGCGUUAUUGGAGAAAGUCGACUCAAUUCUGAUGCCGAUGGGAGCGAAUGACAUCGGCUGCAGGGAGCGAGCCGUUUGCGCGAUGUACAGCGAUCCGUUCAAACAUUCGCCGUACAGUAAUCUAGUCUCUAAUGAACUAAGCAAGGACUCCAGCGAAUUAGUGCCUCCCGCUGACAGCAAGAUGGCGCUAAGGUACUACAGAUACGUGCAAGCUGCUAGAGACGGACAGGAACAAAAAGACUGUACUCUUCUAUAUCCAAAUUGUAAUAUAAAUUACAAUCAAAAGUAAUGUAAAUGAUUUAUACAACUU